AUGUUAGACGCCCAUUCUAAUAACGAUGUCAUUCAUACUACCUCGGAUGUCGGGAUUAACCAAGAUGGAACCUAUACAUCCACACUGGUGAGUGCAGUGGCUGGUGCCAUCAGUGUACCUCUAACUGCAUACAGUAUUGCACAUAGUGUAGUGUACGGCGACGAGGACGAUAAAUAUGUCACAAUCACUGACACACAAACGACGACUAAAGUAGACAAAGACUCUACGUCUAACGUUGACGUGACAGCCCGUAAGGUCAAGACAGAGUGUGACAUAGCUCUCAGUUCGUCUAGCCACGAAAGUCUUGAAGAUGUAGUACAAGGCACAGCUGCAACAAUGCAAAACACCGGAGUUAUGGUCCCAACGGGAGCCAAUCAACAGACAGAUACAGAAACGCGAGUACAUUACUCGGUGAAAUGUGCGACUAGUGGAGAAUCGAGUGUGUCAGAUAUUGCCCAAAAUGUCGAGAAGAACGAUAAGGCUGAUCUUGAUACAGCUCCUGACCGCGAAAUCGCAGAUCCUAUUGCAGUACAAGGUGUUGCCCCACACCUAGAGUUUACUGAAGGACAACUACAUGAUAUUGCAAACGGAAGGCCCAUGCGCGCGAAGAGCUCUGAUCAGGACGUUGAUCGUGACGAAGGGCGCACGAGUGUGAACCCCGGGAAGAGCGAGUUACAGAAUAUUGCGGGGGAAGUGUCGACAAAUCCAGGAGAGGGAGCGUUGGAAGUAAUUGCGGAUGAUAUGGCGGCGCAGACUAGAGCUUCGGCUGAGAAUGUCAAUUCGGGUGAAGGUGAGCUAAAAUUAAUUGCGGAAGAGAUGGCAACACAGGAUAAUACCGCGGCAACGAAUGUGAACCCAGGAGAGGGUGAGUUGAAAAUAGUUGCAGGAGAUAUGGCGGCACAGACUAGAGCUUCGGCCGAGAAUGUAAACCCAGGAGAGAGUGAACUAAAAAGUGUUGCGGAAGAGAUGGCGGCACAGACUAGAACUUCGGCCGAGAAUGUAAACCCAGGAGAAGGUGAACUGAAAUGUGUUGCGGAAGAUAUGGAGAAGGUGAAGCUGGAAAUAAUUGCGGAAGAUAUGGCGGCACAGGCUAGAGCUUCGGCUGAGAAUGUGAAUCCAGGAGAAGGUGAGCUGGAAAUAAUUGCGGAAGAUAUGGCGGCACAGGCUAGAGCUUUGGCUGAGAAUGUGAAUACAGGAGAGGGUGAACUGAAUAUAAUUGCGGACGAGAUGGCGGCACAGGCUAGAGAUUCAGAUGAUAAUGUCAACCCAGGCGAGGGUGAGCUUCGAAUGGUCUCAGAAGAGGCGGCAGACCGGGCUCAAGCUACGGCUGAGAAUGUGAACCCAGGAGAGGGCGAGCUUCAGAGGAUCGCUGAAGACGCAGCGGAGCGGACAUGCAUUGCAGCCGAGCAAGUGAAUGUAAGUGAGGGCGAGCUACUCGAUGUUGCACAAGACGCUGCCGAGCGAGCACGUGCUCAAGCAGAGGCGGUAUUUGUAGAGGAGGGUGAAUUGAAUAUGGAUAAUGCUGCAAACGCCUCCGAACCCCUGACCGCGAGCUCAGAAGACGAUGAACAGAACCGAAUUGCUGAGCUUCAAGCUGAGAAAGCAAGUCUAGAGGCACAAAUGGCCAAUGAGGGCGACGGUAUGGUCCGAAGUAUUGUUAACUACGCCUUGCAAGCAACGAAUCUCCAGACUGCAGACGAUACCGAAGGAGAGGAAAACUUGGAGAGGAUUGCUGAGGUGGACGCAGAGAUAAAAAAGGCUGAGCAAGAGAAUGCACGCGAGAGAUUUUUACGCGAUCUAGCUGAAGUGCAGGCAAACGAAGCCACUGUGGGUGAGGAAGAGCUGGAGAGUACCGCUGGGAGUGUGACAGUCAAUCAGGAUGAGAAAAAACUUUUCAAACAAGAUUCACUGUCUGAUGACCAGAAGGAGAUCACGGAUAUCGCUGAGAACGCUGCAUCCCGCGUAGCGGAAGCAGUAGACAACGAGACCAAACCACCAGGUUUUGUAGUCGUCCCGGCAGAGGCGAUGAAAGUGGAUUUAAAUGAGAUAGAUUGCAAAAUUGGUAAUCCGAAAGCUAAGAAGGAAGGUAAUUUAGCGAAGGCACACAAGCUCAUCGAUAGAAUUUUCCGAGAUUCUAGUGAGGCUAAAAUGUGUCUUGAUAACAGUAUCGCCGGCGCUGAAAUGAUGACAAGUUUGAAUCCUUCUCGCAAUGGUAGCGAAUCAAAUGCGGAUAGAGAGACUGUACAGGUAUAUGACAAAGCGAUUGUGCACUCGAACUCAGAGAACACAUUGGAGAGUUUGGGCGAUGAUAACAACAAUCUGGCGAAUGAUCCUCUGUCGAACAACAACACAGUAGCGAUUGAGCCUGUUGAAUGUCAAACGCCUGAGAUAACUAUAAAUAUCUCUGCCCCGCCCUCAUCACUCCGUGAGGCAUCGAAUCCAGCCGCGCCUACGGAGGACUCAGCAGAGAUGAACAAAUCGUUCGAAUCUUCGAGUUCUGAGAACGUUGUUGGCAAAGUAUCAAGUGAGCAGCCCGCAACGGAGAAAAUUGUCAUCCAGAAGCAAACCUCUCUGCGGGUGAUUGGUGAUUUGACUGGUGCUACGGAGUUAGAUAUGGCGACGCCAGCGUGUUAAACAUCACGUAGCAGGUAUCAAAACUGAUUUUUAGAAGUAUUAGUGAAAAAUCAGUUGUUUUGUAUAUAUAUAUAAUAAACAUAUCUGAUAAAACAUACAUUUGCUGCAUGCAUAACUCUGGCAUAUUAUUCUACCCUUGGUUAUUGUUCAUAAUGAACAUGCAAUUUCAAAUCAGCACUCGUUCAUGUUUAGGACAGUCUUCAUUUAAAUCGAAACCUGCGAACUUGCGAACUUGCGGUGUGAACGUCUUUUGCCCACACUUCAUCUCUAUACUUCAUCACACUGCUCACACUUCACACAAAACAGUACUUUCAUCGCCACGGCCUGUGACGGACUGAUUUGACAAAUAAUCAAUGACGCACACAUGACAAGACACGGUUUUAAUAAAAAUAAAACCAAAUGAACCGCUAACACAAUAAUCAGAUCCUUCGCCUCUUGUAGUACAAAGUAUGAGUGUUAUGAACGAUAAGCACAUGGCAAUACCCGUUUCCGCCGAAUGCUACGAAAGAGCUGCACAAACACUAUUCUGGCUAGCAUGUACAGUUUAUGCAUCAGAGGGGCAUAUCCACGCUUGGACUAGGUCAUUCUUCGCUUAUCAAGUGCUGCAACUAGUUUGUUGAUUGUCCAGGAUUAUUAUAUAUUAAAGCAUAGAGCAUUUGAUAGCCAAAUAUACCGGCCAA